UGGCCAAACGGGCUAUAAAGCUCAUUACUAGUAUAUUAUUAUAGCAGGAGACUUAACGUAGACAUGUAGUGUGUAGUGGGUAAAUGUAACAAAGGCAGUCCAUUGAAAUUGCAUGUUACCCUAUAUAGUUGAGAUUCACAAAGCUCAUUACUAGUAUAUUAUUAUAGCAGGAGACUUAACGUAGACAUGUAGUGUGUAGUGGGUAAAUGUAACAAAGGCAGUCCAUUGAAAUUGCAUGUUACCCUAUAUAGUUGAGAUUCACAAGUUGUUGCUCAAAGUAGCAAAAAACAACAAAUUGAAAGUAACGACUCUCGACACCACGGCUAUAAAAAAAAAGGUCUCUCAGGAUACCAAGGGGAGAUGAGUCGAGGAGCUAGGUUGCUGUUAUAGGUCACUCGAACUAGCUGGAUGCAGGAUGCACGGGUUUCAAUCUCACAUAAACUUUAUGCAGUGCCUUUUUGACAAUUUUGUCUUUGCAGGUGCAAGAUUUCAAAUCCAUCCAGCUUAGCUCUUUGGCUACCAUAAUUGUGUUAGCUCUUUUGGACACAAACUGACCCACCCAAAUAGUCCACAACUUUGACCAAUUGCCAUAGUUCACAUGACACAGUAAUAGUUAAUCAUGUACCAGUGGUUAAAUAACAUAUACUGCACACCCCCAUAAGGGAAAUUAACCUCUAGUUGGUCGAAAUGUCUCUCCUUUGUAGUACUAUUGUUUUCCCACUCCUCGUUCUCCUCCUGCUGAGCCCUGUUAACGGCGUGGGCAUAAACUAUGGGACAAUUGGAAGCAAUUUGCCCUCACCAAAGAAAGUGGCUCAGCUACUUCAGUCCACCAUCAUUAACAAGGUUAAGAUUUAUGAUACUAACCCUCAAAUUCUUGAAGCCUUUUCCAACACUGGCAUUGACCUCAUUGUUGCUGUAGAAAACUCCCAUGUUGCAAACUUAAGCGCCACCCAAUCAGCUGCUGACGUGUGGUUCUCCGCUCGUAUCUUGCCCUUCAUUCCUGCCACUUCCAUUGUUGCCAUUGCCGUAGGAAAUGAGUACUUAACCACUGAUAAUGAUGAUGAUAAAUUAGACCAUAAUGCCUUAGUCCAAGCUAUGCAAAAUCUACAUUCAGUUUUACUAGCACGUGGGCUAGACCGAAAAAUCAAAGUGUCUACGCCACAUAGCAUGGCUGUUCUUGCUUCUUCAUUUCCACCUUCAUCUUCCACAUUUGCCACUACUCUCCUUCCUAUUAUGACUUCCAUUGUCGGGUUUUUGGCGGAUACCGGUGCUCCAUUCAUGGUUAAUGCGUACCCAUAUUUUGCAUACCGGGACAAUCCCGGUAUGGUUAAUUUAGAGUACGCAUUACUAGGAAAUGCAACCGGGGUUCGUGACCCUAAAGGUUACGUGUACACCAACAUGUUAGAUGCACAAAUUGAUGCAAUUAGAUCAGCAGUGAAUGCUCUCGGUUUUGGAAACCGUACAAUUAAGAUUAUGGUGUCUGAAUCUGGUUGGCCGUCUAAAGGAGAUAAGGGAGAAACAGCUGCAACCGCUGAUAAUGCUAGGACUUAUAACGCCCGAUUAGUCGAACGUGCACAGUCAAAUAAAGGUACUCCCAUGAGCCCAAAAGACAACAUUGAUAUUUUUGUCUUCGCUUUAUUCAACGAAAACAAGAAACAAGGAGGAACAAGUGAGAGGAAUUUUGGGAUUUUCAAUGGAGAUGGAUCAAAGGUAUAUGAUGUGGAUUUGAGUUGUCAAUUCUGCAGUAGCAAUACUAAUGGCAAAAUCAAUUUUGGUUUCGGAGAAAAAGAGUCGUUAAGGGGACCUUCAGUAUGGUGUGUGGCUAAACCACAUGCAGAUGAGAAGGUAAUACAAGCAGUGCUGGAUUUUUGUUGUGGACCUGGAGGUGUAGAUUGUAGAGAAAUUUAUGAAAAUGGGGAUUGUUUUCAACCUGAUAAAAUUCAUGCUCAUGCUUCUUACGCGAUGAAUGCUUAUUACCAGAUGCAUGGAAGGAAUUAUUGGAAUUGUGAUUUCAAAGGCACUGGCCUUGUUACUUUCAGUGAUCCAAGUUAUGGAAGAUGCUUCUAUUCACAGCAGUAAGGAAUCAGAAAGGGGGAGGGGUGUGAAAUCAAUGUAAUUCAAAGCCUCUUCAAUCCUGUGUUACUCUUGGAUUAGGAGUAAUUAUUAAUGUUAUGUUUCUUUCAUGAAUUAGUAUCCCUAAUCAAAGGCUUUUUCUUACCAUCUGAGAAAGUUUUUACUCUUU